AUGUCGACUCUACAUACCUUCAACGCUACCCUACUCCUUCCACAGUCUCUUCUACAGACUUUCACCACUGCCAUGGGGCGAUGUAGAAGGAAACAAAAUCAAAACCACCGCUACCAAAAAAGCCCUAGACUCAUUGAUUGUGGAUGGAAGGAGGACGUCUUAACCGUUUCUCCAGUCAAUCGACAAUACAGAGGUUCUUCUAGGUUUGUUGAGUGUAUGGAACGUUUCUUUUCUUGGAUAUCCUGCACGAAGCACGCCAUCAAGGUCUACGGUUACACCGAUAAAGACACUUCUGGCCAGAAGGUGAACCAUAUUGAUUACUUCAUGGACAUGAUGGGCCUGCUUAUGAUGUUAAGCUCUAUGGUGAUGAUCAACAUUCAUUGCUGUUAAGAAUAUAUGCCUAUCAAGAUGAAAACUUAGCAAUGAUGCAUGCAAUGGAGGGACUUCGAACAUCAUACAGAAUGGAAUGCAAGAUAUAAUGUGUCACAUAUAAGGUAACCUUUUUGAAAGCUUUUUUUUUAAUCCUGUUGAAAUGUUAUGGUUGUGUUUCGCAGAUAUCUUAUGUUUUAGAUACAGU